AUGACUAUCGCGGACCGCGAGUCUUCUGGCGCUCCAUCUUCAUCAGGGGCGGCGAGGGACACGGCUGAACGGGACGGCGCGAUGAAGACUAGCGACGACGAGGAAAUGCCGCCGUUGGAGGCUGCGGACGAAUCUGAUAAUGAAGAGGACGUGUCGAUAACAAAGGACGGAGCGAGAGAUGGGGUUGGUCGGGAGGAGGCGCGGGCAAUGCCCAAUCAAAUCUCUGGGUCAUCAAAGGAGUGGCGGGGAACGAGGUUCACGGUGCCAGCCGCCGACCCGCCGAGGUUCAACUUAUUCCGUCAGGCGCAUGGGGGCGAACCGACGCGUGAAGGCGACAGCUGGAAGUCGCGGCGUAGGGAGUAUCUGGACGUCGGCUCCAGUGGACGGAUCGAUCGCACGCACGGGGAGGUAUGCGAGCGUAUGUGGGAAGGCGAUCCUCCGGGAAUGGCGGGACAACGCUCCAGGGAGAGCGACGUUCUCUACGAGCAUGAGGUCAGGCGGGCGGUUCGGUUCAAAAGGAAGGCCGGGAGGCGGCGUAGGAUGGAAUAUAAGCUAUAG